AUGAAAGCGACCAUCCUCUCGGCAAUUCUCCUCACCAUGGGUCCUCUCUUCGCCACCGCCUACUGGCAAGGCGGCCAAGAAUACCCCAACACUCCUCGCUGGCUCCCGGCGUCCUGUCCUGGUCGCCAGGUCUCUCCACCUGAUCAAUGCGGUGAUGGAAACAUCAUCAAGAGGGACAUCUGCGAGCAGAAGUGCCAAUGUACGACACGCGACCAGGCCCCAAAGUUCCCCGACGAGAUCCGCUGCACGGAAUGGAAGGCCUGCUCUGGUUCCGAGAUCGCGCUUAAGUGUAAUUGCUUUGGUGUCGAUGGAUCUGGUAAGUGCGGUGCGCCCGGACCCAAAUCCGAUGCUUCUGCGACAACGCAGAAGUCGAUGAAUAGCGAGCAGCAGGCACAGCAGAAGUCCGCAUUUGCAAAGUCCCUUUCUGCGGCAGCAUACUCUGCAAGCGUUUACAUUGAGUCGAAGUACUCGGCGGCGAAGGCAAGCGCGGCGUCGAUAUCAAUUGAGUCGAAGUACAGAGAGGCAAUUGCGAGCGCGGCGUCGAUCCAAGGCAACAACAAGUCGGGAGUGUCUCCGUCCACGACGGCGCUGCCGCCUAACACUUCGCUUCCAGGUGCACCCGCUCCAACCAAUGCAUACGAGGUGUUCAAUGACUGGGUGGGCGCGCAGAAGACGGGUGUGGCCUAG